AUGCCUCCCAAACCGCCGCCAAACUCUCGAAAGGCGAAGCUCUACAACAGUAGAACUAUACGGUCCGAGACGGUCGAUCCAAGCUUCAAUGACGGCGUCUUGACCAUUCCCCAGUUCCUCUCUUCCAGAGAGUACGAAAUCAAAGCAUUCGAGCAUAGUCAAUUAAAUACCAAGUAUGCUUCUUCAAAUAGGGUUUUCCAGAGUCUUCCAAGAACGCUUCGGCGGAGAACAGCAUCACAUAAUGUCAAGAGAGUUCCAAAGAGAAUGAGGAAGAAAGCAUUGAGAGAGAUGCAGAGCACCGUGAACGGUGUACCACCAAAGAAGAAGCAACCCAGAGGAAGGGAGCGUUAUAGAUUGAAGCAAAGGAAGAAGCUUCUUAUUUUGGCAUCGAAGAUUAAGAAGCUUAAGGGUGCUGCUGCGGUCAAUGCUGGUAAAUCUAUACCAGCUAGACUUAAAGAACUCAAUGUUCAAUUAUCUGAUUUGCAAAAACGUAAAUUGAAACCGUUGAAUAACGUUGUUGGGGCAUUUGACCAAUCCUUAGAGGGAAAAUUGGCGCCAAAACCACAGGGUAACGUCAAGUAUGGCAAACGCCAGACAACUUAUACAUGGCAGCCUACACAUGUUUGGCAUGCAAAGAGGUUUCAUAUGAGCAAGAAAUGGGGAUUCCAGAUUCCUUUCAGCCCUAACCAAAAAUGUUUUAGAGCCACGAGUCGAGCUUCAAAGCAAGGAACGAUACUUUUUGAUACGUCUUACUACAGUGAAUUAACCGUGGACUGCGUUGACUCCAAGCGGCUUGAAUCUUUGUUACUGGAGGUAACGAAAUACAAUUCACCAACUCCUGAGUGGUUAUCUCGGGGUAAGAAGGCAUACACGGGCUGGAUAUAUGGUGCUGAAAAGAAGGUUAGCCCAGGACAAGUACUCGUUCACGGUAAUACAGUAUUGGUGAGAACUCACCCAUCAGUCUAUGGCGAGUUUUUCCAACACUUACUUACCUUCGCCAAGACACUUAAAGUGACGGUUACAGACUGCCGUUACGCAAUUGGAAGUUUGCAACUUAUUGGUCCAACCGCUCUUCAGACAUUGGGCAAGAUCAUUCAUCAUAAAGGAGCCAAGACUUCAACUUCUCUGAGUUGGCUACUAUACUCAAACACAAACGACGCUGCCCUCAUUCCCGAGGGAGCUACAUUUGCAUUUUACAUCGAAGAUCCUCGUUGUUGGAAACGUCCCGUCUCGCCGCCUCUUCCUCCAAAAGAUUAUAGAGACAUCCUCCUGAUGAUAUCGCAAAACCAGCUGUACAUAGACGACGAUGCCAUCAGUGGCCUUUUCACCAGCCAAGGAAGGACGGGUUCAUACAAGGAUAUGUAUUCCAUCAAACAGAUCGGCCAGCAGUUUGGCCAACUGGAUCCCUUCGCUCAAAACAUUAAGAGUUCAAGCGAGAUACCUUUGGUUAUCACAAAAGGAGCAAAUCAGACAUGGAUCGUUUUAGCGCCAUGGUUCUGGAUCCAACCUCUUUGGAGCAAGCUUGUUCAAAUUCCUGGCGUGAAGACCGGAGGAACUCGCCAAGAACAUCAGGUUAAUUUCGAACAAGGCAGACCUUCAUUCCCUCAUGACUACCCGUUCCUUCCUGAGGGAUACAAGCAUAAUGAUGCUUUACAAGAAGCAUCUGAUCUUAAGCGAAGCAAGUUGCCACCAAGUAAAAAGAAACCUAUCCCCAUGGAACACGGACUUGAAUUGGCUGGUGGUGACUGGUGGUUUCUUAGAAAAUGGACAUUCACUUAUCCGUUGAUUGAAAAAGAUGUGGUUAGAACACAUCCUUUUGGAGAGUUUACAGACGAUAGAUACAGAAGGAUCCUUGAUGAAAACGAUGCUCUCACUGUGGUUCACGCUGUCAGAGAAGAGUGGAAGAAGACCGGCAAGCCAAUGAACAUGAAUGAACUCCCCAUCACCUUGUUCAGAAGAAACGAUCCAACACACAAGUCUAUCGCUGACGGGACUUUCAAACCUGAUGUCUCGAAAUUUCCAUCCUUGCCUGUCGUGCAAAGAAGCUUGCAGUUAACCGGUAAGGGUAUUAUCAGAGACUCUGCCAGAAUCUAUGAGAUUCCAGAGGGGUCUAAAAAGCAGCCUGAACUUAGAAACCUCAUUGGGUUUGUCACCACAGGUACAUUUAAUCUUAGCGGAGGUGUACCAACGGGCCUUGGGUUAGUCAAUGCCAGAUUUAAGGAUAACAAAAGGGUCAUGGUAAGAAAUGUUGGCUGCACUAAUUUCUAUUAUGCCAGGAUUGACUCGCUCAAAGACUGA